AUGCCUCUGGUCUUGGCCCUUGCGCUGCUCGUGGGCCUGAGCGCCCACGGAGGCUGUGGCUGCCUGCAGUGUGACACCUCCGUGAGGCUGGCCCUGAGGCAGCUGCGCUUGGCCAUCAUCCCCAGCCGCUUCCGUUGGGGGCAGCAGGGGGCCCGCGCUCAGGCCCUGCUGCUGGGCAUGGAGGGGUCUUUCUUCCAGAACUACGCGGUGAAGGCGUUUGUGGGGCAAGUGGGUGCGUGGGUGCCGAGUGCCUCACAGGGCUCUUUCUCCUCAGAUGAGCCUCUGCUGGAAGAGCUGGUGACUCUCAGGGAGAAGGUGACUAUGAGACUCAAAAGAGCUUUAAGUGUGUAUGAAUUAAAAGACUCGCUAAAAGAAGAGGUCUUAGACUGUUUACAAUGCCUGAAUGUCAGCCCCAAGUGCGUGAAAAGGGAACACUGUUUUGUGGACAGGCAGCCCCGCGUGGCCCUGCAGUACGACAAAGAGAGUAUCCACCCGCAGAAGCAGGCCCUGCUUGGCAUCAUCCUUUCCUUGUUUCUGGCUAUCUUCGCCUUUGUGGUCAUCGUGGCUUCGGCUAUCACUUACAGGCAAAACCGAAAAUUCCUGCUGCAGUAGGAUGGUGGUUUGGGGGUUGUGAGGGGGAAUUGAAAAGACAUUUAAUAAAGUCUGUGACAAAUUUCUCAAUGUCUCCAUCAGUUACUGGAGGACCCUCCCAGCAAUGGUCCAGCUCUAGACACCCGACUUCCAAGAGGGCUAAACCACCAGUGAGGGCUUGAAAGGGCAUCCAUUCCUAUCUGGGGGGGAAUGCAUCCAAAAUGAGAUGACACCACAGUGGGACCAUAAGGGACA